AUGGCGGGCGGCGGCCCCGGGCCUCAGGCCCGCCUGCUGCAGCUGCAGGAGUGCCUGUCCGCCGCGGACCGCUGCGGCGCCGCCGUGGACGGCCACCAGCUGAUCCGCGGCCUGGGCCAGGAGUGCGUGCUGAGCGCCAGCCCCGCGGCGCUGGCAUUACAGACUUCCUUAGUUUUUUCCAGAGAUUUUGGUUUGCUUGUAUUUGUUCGGAAAUCACUUAGCAUUGAUGAAUUUCGUGAUUGCAGAGAAGAAGUCCUAAAAUUUUUAUGUAUUUUCUUAGAAAAAAUUGGCCAGAAGAUCAUGCCAUACUCUCUUGAUAUUAAGAAUAUUUGUACCAGCGUUUAUACAAAAGAUAGAGCUGCUAAAUGUAAAAUCCCAGCCCUAGACCUUCUCAUUAAGUUACUCCUGACUUUGAGAAGUUCUAGACUCAUUGAUGAAUUCAAAGUUGGAGAAUUAUUUAGUAAAUUCUAUGGAGAACUUGCAUUGAAAACAAAAAUACCAGAUACAGUUUUAGAAAAAGUAUAUGAACUCCUAGGAGUAUUAGGUGAAGUUCAUCCCAGUGAGAUGAUAAAUAAUUCAGAAAACUUGUUCCGUGCAUUUCUGGGUGAACUUAGAACCCAGAUGACAUCAGCAGUAAGAGAGCCCAAACUACCUCUUGUGGCUGGAUGUCUGAAGGGCUUGUCUUCACUUCUGUGUAACUUCACUAAGUCCAUGGAAGAAGAUCCCCAGACAUCAAGAGAGAUUUUUGAUUUUGCACUAAAGGCAAUUCGUCCUCAGAUUGAUCUGAAGAGAUAUGCUGUGCCCUUAGCUGGCUUACGCUUAUUCACCCUGCACGCAUCUCAAUUUAGCACCUGCCUUCUGGACAACUACGUUUCUUUAUUUGAAGUACUGUCAAAAUGUUGUAGCCAUACAAAUGUAGAAUUGAGAAAAGCUGCACAUUCAGCUCUGGAAUCCUUCCUGAAACAGGUUUCUUCUAUAGUGGCAAAAGACGCAGAUAUGCAUAAGAGUAAGCUGCAGUACUUUAUGGAACAGUUCUACGGAAUCAUCAGAAAUGUGGAUUCAAACAAGAAGUUAUCCAUUGCUAUUCGUGGAUAUGGACUUUUUGCAGGACCUUGCAAGGUUAUAAAUGCAAAAGAUGUUGACUUCAUGUACGUUGAGCUCAUCCAGUGCUGCAAACAAAUGUUCCUCACCCAGACAGACACUGUUGAUGACCAUGUUUAUCAGAUGCCAAGUUUCCUCCAGUCUAUUGCAAGUGUCCUGCUCUACAUUGACACAGUUCCUGAGGUAUAUACUCCAGUUCUGGAGCAUCUCAUGGUGGUGCAGAUAGACAGUUUCCCACAAUAUAGUCCAAAAAUGCAGUUGGUGUGUUGUAGAGCCAUCGUGAAAGUUUUCCUAGCCUUAGCAGAAAAAGGACCAGUUCUUUGGAAUUGCAUUAGUACUGUGGUGCAUCAGGGUUUAAUCAGAAUAUGUUCUAAACCAGUGAUCCUUCAAAAGGACGCUGAGUCUGAGUCUGAAGAUCAUCGUGCCUUGGGAGAAGUCAGAACGGGCAAGUGGAAAGUGCCUAUGUGCAAAGACUAUGUGGCUCUUUUUAGGAAUCUCCUGAGCUGUGACCAGAUGAUGGAUUCUAUUUUAGCAGAUGAAGAAUUUCUCUUUGUGAAUUCCUCCCUUCAAAGUCUGAAUCGCUUACUAUAUGAUGAAUUCGUAAAAUCUGUUUUGAAGAUUGUUGAGAAAUUGGAUCUUACACUAGAAAAACUGACUGUUGGGGAUCAAGAGGAUGGAGAUGAGGCUACUGGUGUUUGGGUGAUCCCGACUUCAGAUCCAACGGCUAACUUGCAUCCUGCUAAACCUAAAGAUUUUUCAGCUUUCAUUAACCUGGUGGAAUUUUGCAGAGAGAUUCUCCCUGAGAAACAAGUGGGAUUUUUUGAACCGUGGGUGUACUCAUUUGCCUACAGAUUAAUUUUGCGGUCUACACGGCUGCCACUCAUCAGUGGCUUCUACAAGUUGCUUUCUAUUGCAGUGAAAAAUGCCAAGAAAAUAAAAUAUUUUGAGGGGGUUAGUCCAAAGAGUCUGAAACACUCUCCUGAGGACCCAGAAAAGUAUUCUUGCUUUGCAUUAUUUGCAAAAUUUGGUAAAGAGGUAUCAGUUAAAAUGAAGCAAUACAAAGAUGAACUUUUGGCCUCCUGUUUGAACUUUGUUCUGUCCCUGCCACAUGACAUCAUUGAACUUGAUGUCAGAGCCUACAUUCCUGCCUUGCAGAUGGCUUUCAAACUGGGCCUAAGCUAUACCCCGUUGGCAGAAGCAGGCUUGCAUGCCCUAGAAGAAUGGUCAGUUUACAUCCACAAACAUGUAAUUCAGCCUUAUUACAAAGACAUUCUCCCCUACCUUGACGCAUACUUGAUGACUUCAGCUUUAUCAGAUGUGACCAAGAAUAACUGGGAAGUGUCAGCACUUUCUCGGGCUGCACAGAAAGGAUUUAAUAAAGUUGUGUUAAAGCAUCUGAAAAAGACAAAGAACAUUUCAUCAAAUGAAGCACUGUCCUUAGAGGAAAUAAGAAUUAGAGUAGUACAAAUGCUUGGAUCUCUAGGAGGACAAAUAAACAAAAAUCUUUUAACAGCUGCAUCCUCAGACGAAAUGAUGAAGCAGUGUGUGGCCUGGGACACAGAGAAGAAGCUCAGCUUUGCCGUGCCAUUCAGAGAGAUGAAGCCUGCCAUUUACCUGGACGUGUUCUUGCCUCGGGUCACAGAGUUAGCUCUCUCAGCUAGUGACAGACAAACUAAAGUUGCAGCUUGUGAACUUUUACAUAGCAUGGUUAUGUUUAUGCUGGGAAAAGCCACUCAAAUGCCUGAAGGUGGUCAGGGCUCCCCACCCAUGUACCAGCUCUAUAAGCGAACUUUUCCUGUGCUGCUCCGACUUGGGUGUGACGUAGAUCAGGUGACAAGGCAGCUGUAUGAACCUCUGGUUAUGCAGUUGAUUCACUGGUUCACUAACAAUAAGAAAUUUGAAAGUCAGGAUACUGUCGCCUUACUGGAAGCUAUACUGGAUGGAAUUGUGGACCCCGUUGACAGUACUUUAAGAGAUUUUUGUGGUCGGUGUGUUCGAGAAUUUCUCAAAUGGUCCAUUAAGCAAACAACGCCACAGCAGCAAGAAAAGAGUCCAGCAAAUACCAAAUCGCUUUUCAAGCGACUGUACAGCUUUGCACUUCACCCCAGUGCUUUCAAGAGGCUGGGAGCAUCACUCGCGUUUAAUAAUAUCUACAGGGAAUUCAGGGAAGAAGAGUCUCUGGUAGAACAGUUUGUGUUUGAAGCCUUAGUGAUAUACAUGGAAAGUCUGGCCUUAGCACAUAUGGACGAGAAAUCCUUAGGAACAAUUCAGCAGUGUUGUGAUGCCAUUGGUCAUCUCAGGCACAUCAUUGAAAAGAAGCACAUUUCUUUAAACAAAGCCAAAAAACGACGUUUGCCACGAGGAUUUCCACCUUCGGCAUCGUUGUGUUUAUUGGACCUGGUUAAGUGGCUUUUAGCCCAUUGUGGGAGGCCCCAGACAGAAUGUCGACACAAAUCCAUAGAACUCUUUUAUAAAUUUGUUCCUUUAUUGCCAGGCAACAAAUCCCCUUCUUUAUGGCUGAAAGAGAUAAUUGAGAAAGAGGAUAUUUCUUUCCUCAUAAACGCGUUUGAGGGUGGUGGUGGCAGUGAUCGGCCCUCAGGCAUCCUUGCUCAGCCAACCCUUCUCCAUCUGCCAGGGCCAUUCAGCCUGCGGGCAGCCCUGCAGUGGCUGGACCUGCUCCUGGCUGCCCUGGAGUGCUAUAAUACAUUCAUCGCAGAGAAGACUUUGGACAUGCUCGAGGUCCUGGGUACUCCAGCACAGUCUUCACUUUUGAAAGCAGUGGCUUUCUUUUUAGAAAGCAUUGCGAUGCAUGAUAUUACAGCAGCAGAAAAGUGCUUUGGCACUGGGGCAGCAAGUAGCAGACCCAGCCCACAAGAGGAAGAAGGGUAUAACUACAGCAAAUGCACAAUCAUUGUCAGGAUUAUGGAAUUUAGCACAACUCUGCUCAACACCUCCCCAGAAGGGUGGAAGCUCCUGGAAAAGGAUUUGUGUAACACAAACCUUGUGAAACUCUUAGUGCAAACGCUGUGUGAGCCCGUGAGCAUAGGUUUUGACAUUGGUGAUGUCCAGGUUAUGGAUCAUCUUCCUAGUGUUUGUGUCAACCUGGUGAAAGCAAUGAAGAAGUCCCCGUGUAGAGACCUUCUCGAGACUUACCUGAAGGAAACAAUAAGAGUGCAGAGCAUUGAGGAGCUUUGUGCUGCUGACUUGUAUGGCCCUGAUGCUCAAGUGAUCAAGCCCAGGCUGGCUUCCAUCCUGUCAGUGUGCAGACAGCUUCACAGAGCUGAUGCUUUGCAUGUAAUAGUUCCAUCUGAGUCUACAGAUCUGCAUCAUUCUAUUGGCACAAAACUUCUUUCCCUCGUUUAUAAAGGCAUCGCACCUCGAGAUGAGCGACAGUGUCUGCCUUCUCUAGACCCUAGUUGUAAGCAACUGGCCAGUGGACUUCUGGAGUUGGCCUUUGCUUUUGGAGUACUGUGUGAGCACCUCGUGAGUCUUCUCCUGAACACAGCAGUGUUGUCUGUGCCAUCUUUGGGCAGCUCACAGAGAAGCAUCAUCAGCUUCACCCAUGGGGAGUAUUUCUACAGCUUGUUCUCAGAAACGAUCAACACAGAGUUGUUGAAAAAUCUAGAUCUUGCUGUAUUGGAGCUCAUGAAAUCAUCAGUGGAUAAUCCCAAAAUGGUGAGUGCCAUUUUGAAUGGUAUGCUAGAUCAGAGCUUCAGGGAUCGAGCCAGUCAGAAAAACCAAGGACUGGAACUUGCGACUACAAUUCUGCAGAACUGGAGGAAGUGUGACUCAUGGUGGGCCAGGGAUUCUGCUCCCGAGAGUAAAAUGGCAGUGCUGGCCUUGCUGUCAAAAAUUUUACAGAUUGAUUCAUCUGUAUCUUGUCAUACAAAUCACAGCUCCUUCCCUGAAGUCUUUACGACCUAUGUUAGCUUACUUGCCGAUUCAAAGUUGGGACUACACUUAAAGAGUCAAGCUAUAAUUCUUCUUCCAUUCUUCACCAAUCUUACUGGAGACAGUCUGGAGCAUCUUAAGUGUGUUCUUGAAAAGCUUAUUGUUUCUAAUUUCCCUAUGAAGUCUGAUGAAUUUCCCCCGGGAACUUUGCGAUACAGUAAUUAUGUGGAUUGCUUGAAAAAGUUUCUAGAUGCGUUGGAAUUAUCUCAGAGUCCCAUAUUGUUACAGUUGAUGACAGAAAUUCUUUGUCGGGAACAGCAACAUAUUAUGGAAGAAUUAUUUCAGUCCACUUUCAAAAAGAUUGCUAGAAAGAGUUCGUGCAUCACACAGGUAAGCCUUCUGGAAAGUGUGUACAGAAUGUUCAGGAGGGAUGACCUGCUUUCAAACUUCACUCGCCAAGCAUUUGUGGAUCGUUGUCUCCUCACUCUGCUGUGGCACUGUAGCCUGGACGCUUUGAGAGCAUUCUUUAGCGAGAUUGUGGUGGAUGCCGUCGAUGUGUUGAAGUCAAGGUUUACAAAGCUAAAUGAAUCUACCUUUGAUACUCAAAUCACCAAGAAGAUGGGCUAUUAUAAGAUGCUGGAUGUGAUGUAUUCUCGUCUUCCAAAAGAUGAUGUUCACUCUGAGGAAUCUAAAAUUAGUCAAGUUUUUCAUGGCUCAUGCAUUAUAGAAGGAAGCGAACUUACAAAGACACUGAUUAAAUUGUGCCACGAUGCAUUUACAGAGAACAUGGCAGGGGAGAAUCAGCUGCUGGAGAGGAGAAGACUUUACCAUUGUGCUGCAUACAACUGUGCUAUUUCUCUUGUCUGCUGUGUCUUCAGUGAAUUAAAAUUUUACCAAGGUUUUCUGUUCAGUGAAAAACCAGAAAAGAAUUUGCUUAUUUUUGAAAAUCUGAUAGACUUGAAGCGCUGCUAUACGUUUCCUGUAGAAGUUGAUGUUCCUAUGGAAAAAAAGAAAAAAUACAUUGAAAUUAGGAAAGAAGCCAGGGAAACAGCAAAUGGGGAUCCAGAUGGUCCUCAUUAUAUGUCUUCCUUGUCGUAUUUGGCAGACAGUAGCCUGAGUGAGGAAAUGAGUCAGUUUGAUUUCUCAACUGGAGUUCAGAGCUAUUCAUACAGCUCUCAAGACCCUAAGUCUACCACUGGUCGUUUUCGGAGACGGGAACAUCCAGACCCCAUGAUCCAGGAAGACACCCUGGAAUUGGAGAUGGACGAGCUCAAUGGCCAUGAGUGCAUGACCACCAUGACAGCCCUGAUGAAGCACAUGCACAGAAGGCUGGGCUUCCCUGGAGGAGAAGAGGGUUCAGUGCCAAGAGAUCUUCCUCCUUGGAUGAGGUUUCUUCAUGACAAACUGGGAAACCCAUCAGUACCAUUAAAUAUCCGUCUUUUCUUAGCCAAGCUUGUUAUUAAUGCAGAAGCGGUCUUUCGCCCUUAUGCAAAGUACUGGCUUAGCCCCUUGCUGCAGCUGGCUGUUUCUGAAAACAAUGGAGGAGAAGGAAUUCACUACAUGGUGGUUGAGAUAGUGGCUACUGUUCUUUCAUGGACAGGCGUGGCUACUCCUACAGGGGUCCCUAAAGAUGAAGUAUUAGCAAAUCGACUGCUUCAUUUCCUAAUGAAACAUGUCUUUCAUCCAAAAAGAGCUGUAUUCAGACACAACCUUGAAAUUAUAAAAACCCUUGUUGAAUGCUGGAAGGACUGUUUAUCCAUCCCUUACAGGUUAAUAUUUGAAAAGUUUUCCAGUAAGGACCCUAGUUCUAAAGACAAUGCAGUAGGGAUUCAGUUACUAGGCAUUGUAAUGGCCAAUGGCUUGCCUCCCUACGACCCAGCAUGUGGCAUAGACAGCAUCAGAUAUUUUCAAGCUUUGGUCAAUAAUAUGUCCUUUGUAAAACAUAAAGAAGUAUAUGCAGCAGCGGCAGAAGUUCUGGGACUUGUUCUUCGAUAUGUUACUGAGAGAAAAAAUGUGCUGGAGGAGUCCGUGUGUGAACUGGUUGUAAAGCAGUUGAAGCAACAUCAGAACACUAUGGAGGACAAGUUUAUUGUGUGCUUGAACAAAGUGGCAAAGAGCUGCCCUCCUCUUGCUGACAGGUUCAUGAAUGCCGUGUUCUUCCUGCUGCCGAAAUUUCAUGGGGUGAUGAAGACACUUUGCCUAGAGGUGGUGCUUUGUCGUGCAGAGGUGAUGAUGGACCUGUAUAUCCAGCUAAAGAGCAAGGACUUUGUUCAGGUCAUGAGACAUAGAGAUGAUGAAAGACAAAAAGUGUGUUUGGAUAUAAUUUAUAAGAUGAUGGCAAAAUUGAAACCAGUAGAACUCCGAGAACUUCUGAACCCUGUUGUAGAAUUCAUUUCCCAUCCUUCUCCAGCGUGUAGGGAACAAAUGUAUAAUAUUCUCAUGUGGAUUUAUGAUAAUUACAGAGAUCCAGAAAGUCAAACAGAUGGUGACUCCCAGGAAAUAUUUAAGUUGGCAAAAGAUAUGCUGAUUCAAGGACUGAUCGAUGAGAACCUUGGGCUGCAAUUAAUUAUUCGAAAUUUCUGGAGCCAUGAAACUAGGUUACCUUCAAAUACCUUGGACCGAUUGUUGGCACUAAAUUCCUUGUAUUCUCCUAAGAUAGAAGUGCACUUUUUAAGUUUAGCAACAAAUUUUCUGCUUGAACUGACCAGCAUGAGCCCAGAUUAUCCAAACCCCAUGUUCGAGCAUCCUCUGUCAGAAUGCGAAUUUCAGGAAUGUACCAUUGAUUCUGACUGGCGUUUCCGAAGUACUGUUCUCACUCCGAUGUUUGUUGAGACCCAGGCCUUCCAGAGUGCUCUCCACACCCAAACCCAGGGAGGGUCCCUCUCAACGCGAGUGCCGGUGGCUGGGCAAAUAAGGGCCACCCAACAGCAGUAUGAUUUCACACCUACACAAACUGCAGAGGGAAGAAGCUCGUUUAAUUGGCUGACCGGGAGCAGUAUCGACCCACUGGUGGACUAUACGGUCUCCUCAUUGUCUGAUUCCCUGUCUUCCUCCCUGCUAUUUGCCCACAAGAGAAGUGAAAAGUCACAGAGGGCACCCUUGACAUCAGUGGGACCUGAUUUUGGGAAACACAGGCUGGGCCUUCCAGGGGAUGAGGUGGACAGCAAAGUGAAAACCACAGACAGUCGCGCAGAAAUACUGAGAUUACGCAGACGAUUCUUAAAGGACCGAGAAAAACUCAGUUUGAUUUACACCAGAAAAGGUGUUGCUGAACAAAAACGAGAGGAGGAGAUCAAGAGUGAGUUAAAAAUGAAGCAGGACGCCCAGGUCAUCCUGUACAGAAGUUACCGUCACGGAGACCUUCCUGACAUCCAGAUUAAGCACAGCAGCCUCAUUGCCCCCUUGCAGGCCGUGGCCCAAAGAGACCCAAUAAUUGCAAAACAGCUCUUUAGCAGCUUGUUUUCUGGAAUUCUGAAAGAAAUGGAUAAAUUUAAGACGAUAUCUGAAAAAAACAGCAUCACUCAAAAGCUGCUCCAAGACUUCAAUUAUUUUCUUAAUACCACCUUCUCUUUCUUUCCACCUUUUGUCUCCUGUAUCCAGGAAAUCAGCUGCCAAUAUGAAGACUUGCUGAGCCUCGACCCUGCUGCAGUGAGUGCUGGCUGCCUAGCCAGCCUGCAGCAGCCUGUGGGCAUCCGCCUUCUGGAGGAGGCACUGCUUCACCUGGCACCUGCAGAGCCACCUGCCAAGCGAGCACGAGGGAAGACCCACCUCCCUCCUGACACCAUCAGAUGGAUGGAACUUGCUAAACUUUACAGAUCAAUUGGAGAAUAUGAUGUCCUCCGAGGUAUUUUUAGCAGUGCGAUAGGAACAAAGCAAGUCACUCAGAAUGCAUUAUUAGCAGAAGCCAGAAGUGAUUAUUCUGAAGCUGCUAAGCUGUAUGAUGAGGCUCUCAAUAAACAAGAGUGGGUGGAUGGUGAGCCUACAGAAGCCGAGAAGGACUUCUGGGAGCUGGCGUCCCUGGACUGUUACAACCACCUUGCUGAGUGGAAAUCACUCGAAUACUGUUCUACAGCCAGUGUAGACAGUGAGAACCCUCCAGAUCUAAAUAAAAUGUGGAGUGAGCCAUUUUAUCAGGAGGUGUAUUUACCUUACAUGAUGCGCAGCAAGCUGAAGUUGCUGCUGCAAGGAGAGGACGACCAGUCCCUGCUGACGUUCAUUGAUGAGGCUGUGAGCAAGGAGCUGCAGAAGGCUCUUGUGGAGCUUCACUACAGCCAGGAGCUGAGUCUUCUUUACAUCUUGCAAGAUGAUGUUGACAGAGCCAAGUAUUACAUUGACAAUGGCAUUCAGAUCUUUAUGCAGAAUUAUUCGAGUAUUGAUGUCCUCUUACACAGAAGUAGACUCACUAAAUUGCAGUCUGUGCAAGCUUUAACAGAAAUUCAGGAGUUCAUUGGCUUUAUAAGCAAACAAGGAAAUUUAUCAUCUCAAGUUCCCCUUAAGAGACUUAUAAAAACCUGGACAAACAGAUAUCCAGAUGCUAAAAUGGACCCAAUGAAUGUCUGGGAUGACAUCAUCACAAAUCGAUGUUUCUUUCUCAGCAAAAUAGAGGAGAAGUUUACUCCUCUUCCAGAUGACCAUAGUAUGAAUGUGGAUGAAGGCGGGGAUUCUGGUGAGAGAAUGGAGAUGCGUGAGUGGGAAGAAGGAGUUAGUUCCCUGAUUAAGAGCUGCAAGUUUUCCAUGAAAAUGAAGAUGGUAGAAAGUGCGAGGAAGCAGAACAAUUGCUCUCUUGCCAUGAAACUGUUGAAGGAACUACAUAAAGAGUCAAAAGCAAGAGAUGACUGGCUGGUGACAUGGGCUCAGAGCUACUGUCGGCUGAGCCACUUCCGUAGCCGCACCCAGCGCCAACCUGAGCGACUUCUGACUGUGUUGAAAACAGUCUCUUUGUUGGAUGAGAACAAGACAUCGAGCUACUUAAGUGAAAAUGUUCUGGCUUUCCGUGAUCAAAAUAUUCUCUUGGGUACAACUUACAGGAUCCUAGCUGACGCUGUCAGCAGCGAGCCAACCUGCCUUGCCGAAGUCGAGGAAAGCAAGGCUAGAAGAAUCUUGGAGCUUUCUGGGUCCAGUUCAGAAAGCACAGAGAAGGUGAUUGCGGGUCUGUACCAGAGAGCGUUCCAUCACCUCUCCAGGGCUGCACAUGUGGCUGAGGAGGAGGCCCCGCCUUAUUCCUGGGGCCAGGGGCCUGCAGCGGGGACAGUGGAUGCGUAUAUGAUGCUGGUGGAUUUCUGUGACCAACAGCUCCGCAAGGAGGAAGAGAAUGCAUCAGUUACUGAUUCUGUAGAACUGCAGACAUAUCCAGCACUUGUGGUGGAGAAAAUGUUAAAAGCUUUGAAAUUAAAUUCCAAUGAAGCCCGGUUGAAGUUUCCUAGGUUACUUCAGAUUAUAGAACAGUAUCCAGAGGAGACCUUGAGCCUAAUGACAAGAGAGAUAUCUUCCAUUCCUUGCUGGCAGUUCAUUGGCUGGAUCAGCCACAUGGUGGCCUUACUGGACAAAGAGGAAGCUGUUGCGGUUCAGCACCCUGUGGAAGAGAUUGCCAAUAACUACCCACAGGCAAUUGUCUAUCCGUUCAUGAUAAGCAGCGAAAGCUACUCCUUCCAAGAUACUUCUGCUGGUCACAAGAAUAAGGAGUUUGUGGCAAGGAUUAAAAGUAAGUUGGAUCAAGGAGGAGUUAUUCAAGAUUUUAUUAAUGCCCUGGAACAGCUCUCUAAUCCUGAACUGCUCUUUAAGGACUGGGCCAGUGAUAUAAAAGUUGAACUAGCAAAAACCCCUGUAAAUAAAAGAAACAUUGAAAAAAUGUAUGAAAGAAUGUACGCAGCCUUGGGCAACCCAAAGGCUCCAAGCCUGGGAUCCUUUAGAAUGAAGUUUAUUCAGGCCUUUGGAAAAGAAUUUGAUAAACACUUUGGGAAAGGAGGUGCUAAGCUACUGAAAAUGAAGCUCAGUGACUUCAAUGACAUUACUAACUCACUGCUUUUAAAAAUGAGCAAAGAGUCAAAGCCACCUGGGAAUCUGAAAGAAUGCUCUCCUUGGAUGAGUGACUUCAGAGUGGAGUUUCUGAGAAGUGAGCUGGAGAUUCCUGGUCAGUAUGAUGGCAGGGGAAAGCCAUUGCCGGAAUACCACACACGGAUCACUGGGUUUGAUGAGCGGGUAAAAGUAAUGGCUUCUAUCCGAAAACCAAAGCGUAUCACCAUCCGAGGCCACGAUGAGAGGGAGUACCCUUUCCUGGUGAAGGGCGGUGAGGACCUUCGGCAGGACCAGCGCGUCGAGCAGCUCUUCGAGAUCAUGAAUGUCAUCCUGUCCCGUGAUGCUGCCUGCAGCCAGAGAAACAUGCAGUUAAGAACGUACCGCAUCGUGCCCAUGACCUCCAGAUUAGGAUUAAUUGAGUGGAUUGAAAACACUGUCACCUUGAAGGACCUUCUUUUGAAUAACAUGUCACGAGAGGAAAAGGCGGCUUAUAUGAGUGAUCCCAAAGCACCAUGGUAUGAAUAUAGAGACUGGUUGACAAAAAUGUCAGGAAAACGUGAUGCUGGAGCAUAUAUGCUUAUGUAUAAGAGAGCUAAUCAUACUGAAACAGUCACGUCUUUUAGAAAAAGAGAAAGUAGAGUGCCGGCCGAUCUCUUAAAGAGAGCCUUCGUGAGGAUGAGCACAGGACCUGAGGCCUUCCUGGCGCUCCGCUCCCACUUUGCCAGCUCUCACGCUCUGAUGUGUGUCAGCCACUGGAUCCUCGGCAUCGGAGACAGACAUCUGAACAACUUCAUGGUCACCAUGGAGACGGGUGGCAUGAUUGGAAUCGACUUUGGACAUGCGUUUGGGUCAGCCACUCAGUUUCUGCCAGUGCCUGAGUUGAUGCCUUUUCGUCUAACUCGUCAGUUUAUCAGUCUGAUGUUACCAAUGAAAGAAACAGGUCUGAUGUAUAGUGUCAUGGUGCAUGCACUGAGGGCCUUUCGCUCAGACCCAGAUCUGCUUAUUAACACCAUGGAUGUGUUUGUAAAGGAGCCCUCCUUCGACUGGAAAAAUUUUGAACAGAAAAUGCUGAAAAAAGGAGGAUCAUGGGUUCAAGAAAUAAAUGUAACUGAAAAAAAUUGGUAUCCCCGACAAAAAAUAUGUUACGCUAAGAGAAAGUUAGCAGGUGCCAAUCCAGCAGUUAUUACUUGUGACGAGUUACUUCUGGGCCAUGAGAAGUCACCUGCCUUCGGGGAUUAUUUGGCUGUAGCACGAGGAAACAAAGAUCACAACGUUCGUGCCCAAGAACCAGAGAGUGGACUUUCAGAAGAGACUCAAGCAAAAUGCCUGAUUGACCAGGCGACAGACCCCAACAUCCUUGGCAGAACUUGGGAAGGAUGGGAGCCCUGGAUGUGAGGUCUGUGGGGGUCAGUAGAUAUAAAGCAUUAAAUUGGCUGAAGAAUCUCCUAAACUUUCAUUGACAACAAUCAAUGAGCCAAUUUUCCUGAAGCACUAACGAGAAGAAAUCUAUUUAGUGCUACAGUUUUAUAGCAUGAGUUUAAAUCAAGAUCAUGAUGACUAAAUGAAUAUUGGUAUGAAUCAAAGAUUAGGUUAUAAUGUAAUAAAAGAUAAGGUUAAGGUUAUAAUAGACUUAUGAUAGAACAAUUCGUAUCCAGGCUUAUCCAAGUAGUAAAUCAGGAGUAUAGCAUGAUCAGCUGUCAAAGCAUUUUAGAGCUUUGAGUUAGUGCUGUGAGUUAUAUAAACCAGCUAUCUCAAUAAAUGGUGUAAGUAUGAACAUUUCAUGGAAUGUCCUCAUUGGUUAUGGCACAUUUAAAAUAACAUCCAGGGGCUAACUGGUUAGCUCCCUUGGUUAGAGCAUGGUACUGAUUAACACCAAAGUCGAGGGUUUAGAUCCCUGUACUGGCCAGCUGCCAAGAGAAAAAACAAAGUAACACCCAGAAGACUUCGUCACUAAGACUUGGUGAGAGUAAAGCCAACAGCUUAAUUAACAUGAUGUCACAUUAUAUAAGCGGAAUAGGAAUAAUAAAAACUGUAAAGCUAUGUUUGUGGCUUCUUAUAUUUAGAAAGGACC